CAAAAUCUCAAGAGGAAGAAACUUCUGAAAAGAACGUAAAUUUCAAAGCCCUGAUUGGACGGAAAUAUUAUUCAGAUUGUCUCGGAUAGACCCAAACAAAAAUACGAUACUGUUGACUUCUUUAUUAUCAUCAGCCUCGAAUUUUUAGUAGAUCCUAGUAAAUUUGACAAAUUUGUAAUGCCUUAAGACAAUGGCUCAUGUGACGAGAUGGACAGGGAUCAUUUUUAUAUUUGUGGGUUUUCUGUGCCAUAUAACAGAUUCAACGACUCUUUGUGCUCAGUGUGACUCAAAGCGCGAUCCACAGUGUGAAAGCAACCCGCCAAACCCUUCUGAUUGUUUAGAGAGGACAAGCAAACGAAAUGGCUGCCUCAUAACCAGGAUAUAUGUUAAUGGCCGACAGACGGCGUUCGUUCGUAGUUGUUCCACCUUGGAUCCUAAAGUUAACAGGGAAGGUUGUGUCAACGACACCAUGACAGCCAACAAGCAAACUUGUUACAUACUGUGCUUUGAGGAUGGCUGUAACAAUUCUUACGUCAUUUCCGGUUACAUUUUGCACAUAAUUCUUUUGUCAAUGUCCUCUUUGAUCAUUUCAAAAAUAUUGAGCCGAAAUAGUUAAAAAAAACUCUCUUUAUUACAAUUAUCAUCGAUAAUAAGAAAACUGUUUCAGACAUAGAGCCGUGCAAAAUAUCAGACUAUUUCACUCAUAUUCUGUAGUUAAAGCAGCUAUGAUGAUUUAUAUUGAGGAACUUUUUCAUUUAUACAGCAAACGGGAACAAUAAAAAUUUUCAUAUUUAAACAAACUGAAAAGCGUAAGCUCUUUAAAAUUGAAGAACUAUAGGAGCAACUAUCCAGACGAAUUACUGGAUCAUGGAAAAUUUUCGAUCCUUAAUAUUUUCGCCUAAAAGCAUAAACACUUAUGAUUAUUAAUAUUAUUUCAUACAUGAAAAUUUUCCAAUUUUAUAUUUCUAAUACGUAAUAGAAUUGUAGUUGUUUUGCCCUAGAUAAUUUUUAGAUUCGGUCAUAAAAGCUGAGGACGAACGUUACAAAAAUAAAACAGAGGCUAAUAUUUGUCAGAAUACAGUGAGAUUAUAUAUCAUUUGUAUUGUAUUGUAAUACAAGAUUAUAUAAUUUGUAUUGUAUUGUAAUACGAGAUUAUAUCAUUUGUAUUGUAAUACAAGAUUAUAUCAUUUGUAUUGUAUUGUAAUACAAGAUUAUAUCAUUUGUAUUGUAUUGUAAUGUAAG